AUGCACAAGCACAAUACUCCGGUCAACCGCGCAGCUGUACCUGUGCUGGUUGGCCUCUGUCUUCUCUUCGUCAUGCUUCUGGCUGGCCGUUACAUAUUCGCUGAUCGCGAAUCCUCCAGGUCAUGUGCCAACAGCAGCACCAACCGGGUUGGAGGACGCGGUCCUGAGGCAGUUCGGACCCUUGUGCUGGAUGAGAUCUUUGACGGAGUGAGCCCAUUCGAGGAUUUCCCAUCUGAAGCCGUCCGUCCGCUUCUGAAAAAGCGCAUGCGCCUCCGCGGUUGGGGAUCCAACAAUUCUGUCUUUGAAAGGCUUAUUCGGGAGGUCCGACCCCACUUGGUCAUUGAAGUUGGCUCAUUCUUAGGCGCUUCUGCUAUAAACAUGGCUUCCAAGGCUCAGGAGCUGGGUCUCGAUCCCAUUACAAUUUUGUGCCUCGACGACUUCCGCGGCUGGCCCGGCUUCCGCAACUCCUUCCGUCAAAUCAAGCACGUCAACGGAGACGCUGUGUUGCUGCAGUAUUUCAUGAAGAAUGUUGUUGAAGCCGGUCAGGAAAAGGUGAUCCUCCCACUGCCGUUUUCCACUGCUCAUUCGCUCAAAGCCCUGUGUGACUGGGGCGUCCAGGCAGACCUGGUGGAGGUAGACGCAGGCCACGACUUCCACUCAGCCUGGCUCGAUAUCAAUCUUGCGUACCGGUUAUUGAGGCCAGGAGGGGUUAUGUUUGGACACGACUACUUCAGCAAGGCAGACAACUCCGGAGUUCGGAGAGCUAUUACUCUGUUCGCUACGCUCAGAGGAAUGUGGGUGGAGCCUGAUGGGGAGCACUGGAUUCUGCGGCAUGGACCUGCUGCACCUGGUGUGGGUACCGUGCAGGGUGCCAGCCUUUCUGCUUCAGAACCGGGUGUAAUUAACGAGGAAGAGGACAAUGAGGACUAG